AUAAAGCCAUGAGAGAUUAAAACGAACGAGCUACAAGAAAGUAUAGGGUUGUAUAUGUAAAUAACAAUUAAUUAAUGAUACGAAGCUAUCAAUCAGUUGGUUUUGUUUCUGAUGGUAAAUCUUCAUCUAUUUUCCGAAUGGAGAAGGAGACGAUCCUUGUAGAGAUCGGUGCUACCAUCAACGACAAAGAUGAAGAGAAGCCGAAGCGAUCAAAGGAUCUCGAGUUUCUGAGCUGUAUGAUGCAGCCGGCAACAGCCGAAUCAGAUCCACAGUACAUCGGAAUCCGCCGAAUUCUUCUCCACCGGAAGUCCGAAUCCGGCGCCAUCUCUCGUCGUUAUGAUUGGAGAUGCAAUGGUAAAGGAUAUGUUGCGUAUCGUAAUUUCAUAAGCAGACCUAGAAAAUGGGAGAAUCUGAGAACGCCAAGCCUCUUAAGUAGUCCAGGGAACAGUGGUCGAUGGUUACGUUCACCAGGUCCACUCUCCCAUCAAUUUGAAGCAGAGAGCUUCAGUUCUAGUAGAGAUUUACGGAGUGCUAAUCAGGUUUCGAGCCGGAGAUUGAGUUUUAGCUCGAGUUUCAGUGAUGGUGAUCAUUCCUUUCGCCGUGGUGGUGGUUUUGAACAUGCUUAUUCUUUCGUGGGAAUGCAUUGCAUCUUCGACCAAUGCAAAUCUUCUGUUACUGUUCUGAAGUUUGGCCAUAUGAGUUCUGACCUACUUGCAUAUGGAGCAUCAGAUGGGACCUUAACUGUUUGUAGUCUCUCGGAAGAGCCUUCUGUCCUCAAGCAGUUGACAGGCCACUCAAAAGAUGUCACAGAUUUUGACUUCUCGUCAAACAAUCAGUACAUUGCGUCUUCAUCACUUGAUAAGACAAUACGAGUAUGGGAGUUGUCAAGAGGUGUUUGUAUUAGAGUUAUAUAUGGAGUCUCUGCACAGUUUUGUAUACGUUUUCACCCUGUUAAUAACAAUUUCCUCUCUGCUGGAAAUGCAAACAAGGAAGUCUCGGUGUUCAAUUUCAGCACUGGGAGAACUAUUAAAACACUGUCGUUCGAUGGUGAGGUGACAGCUAUGGACCAUGACCACACUGGUCAAAUCAUUUUCUGUGGUGAUGGACAGGGAACUGUAUAUUCAGUGAGCAUGGACUCUCAUACAGGUUCAUUAUCCCGGUCUCAUCGCCAUCGUACUAAUCACAAAUCCCCGGUCACAACUGUGAAGUAUCGAAGCUUCUCCCUCCUGGCGUCAGGUCCUGUACUUCUCACAUGCACUCAGGAUGGAAACUUAUGUUUCUUCAGUGUUGCGCUUCAGAUAAAAGGCUACCUGACAUUGCGCUGCUCCCUCAAAUUGGCCCCGAGAAUACACAGAAUCCAAGCAUCGUUUUGCCCGCUUUUAUCCCUAGAAAAAGGAGAGUACAUAGUUGCCGGGAGCGAAGACUCGAAUGUCUACUUCUACGAUCUAACCAAACCGAAACACACAUGUGUAAACAAGCUACAGGGUCACAGGUUUCCAGUAAUGUGCGUCGCGUGGAACCAUGGAGAGAACUUGUUGGCCUCGUCUGAUUUCUACGGUGUUGUUAUUGUAUGGAAAAGAGCAAAGACAAGCUCAUGAGGUUUGUCUAUAAUCAUUAUAAACGAAUCCAAAUCCGCCAGUUUUGCCAGGAAAGGAUUUUGGUUUCUUGCUUCACCUUUGUAUCAUUAAUCUUAACCGUGUGAAUUUUGGUUUAUAAGUUCUAAUUGUGAAAACCUCGAAGAUGAUUCUUGAUUGA